UUGAAGUAGAAGUAGUUGUGUAGAUGAAGUAGUGAAGUAGAAUAUCUCGGAAGAAGGCAGUGCGGCUCGAGAAUAUUUAUAAUCCUCUGGUCUGCUCUUCUUCUCUUUAAACUGCACAGGUUCUGUAUCUGUAUCUUUACUUCUACUACUAUAUCAACUACUCAAUAUGAUCCGCCAAACCAUUUGUCGCCAGGUCGCUGCACAGGUCGCCCGUCAGUCAAGAAGAAGCGCAGUCUCGUCGUCAUCAUUCUCGGCCGUCAGCCGUCGUCUGUACUCGUCGUCAUCCUCAUCCUCAUCCUCGUCCUCAUCAGCCCCCUCAUGGAAGCCGUUCGGACUUGCAGCUGCCGGAGUGCUCGCGAUGAGCAACCUGCUGGUCAGAGCCGAGGAACCGACCGAGGUGAUUGUGAUUGACGAGCAAAUCGUCGACGGCGAGGGCAAGGUGGUCGAGGAAGAGGUCAUCAUUGUCGAGCCCGUGUUUGGCGAGAUCCCGCCUCUGCGCGAGUCCGAGCUGGACGCCGUGUUUGACAGCGCGGUCGAGGAGGCCGGAGUGGACGGGCUGAGCAGCCCUGCGCCGGCCGAGGGAGAGGCAGAGGAUGAGUUCGAGGGUGGAGCGUUUAACCCCAAGACCGGGGAGAUCAACUGGGACUGCCCGUGUCUGGGUGGAAUGGCCUACGGACCCUGUGGCGAGGAGUUUAAGGCUGCGUUUUCGUGCUUUGUAUUUUCGCAGGAGGAGCCGAAGGGCGUGAACUGCAUCCCGUUGUUUGAAACCAUGCAAGGCUGCUUCCGCAAGCAUCCGGAGACUUAUGCUGAUGAUUUGCGAUACAUCGACGACGAGAAGGAGAAGGAGCAGGAGCAAAUUGCUGCUGCCGAGCCCACUGCUGCCUGAGCAAUGAUUAUAGACAGAAGAAGAAGAAGAAGAAGAAGAAGAAGAAGAAGAGAAGAGAAGAAGAAGGAUCUGUAAAUACAAUAAGAC